CUUGCAUUACUUUGCAUUUACAAUGAGUUCUACGAAAGCAAAGAAGAAGCAAACGACAGGAACAACCAGCGAAACGACAACAACAACUACAACGACACAAGAACAGCAACAAACGGCAUGGGGAGGAAGAUACCUCGGAGUUCGAAGAAGACCAUGGGGACGAUACGCCGCUGAGAUUCGCGAUCCUUCGACGAAAGAAAGACACUGGUUAGGAACAUUCGACACUGCUGAAGAAGCUGCUUUGGCUUACGAUAGAGCCGCACGUGGCAUGCGUGGGUCACGUGCUAGAACCAAUUUUGUUUACGCCGAUACACCUCCCGGUUCUUCUGUUACUCCAAUCCUCUCCCCCGACCAACAACAACGACAAGAACAAGCUUUUCAUGAACUUUCGUUUGUUCUUCAACAUGAACCGUUUCCGGUUCAACAUAACCCGGUUCCGUCUCUCGACUCGGUUUCUUUCGUAACAUCCUCCGGUAAUUACGGUUACGGUUAUGGUGAGGAAAAUAAUAAUAAUAAUAAUAAUAGUUAUUUUAAUAGUAUUAAUUUUAAUAAAUAUAACCUUCCUCCUCAAGCUCCUCUUGCUACAUUGGAAGCUAGUAUUAAUAAUAAUGAAAAUUCCCAUUUUAACCAACAAGUAUUUUUUGAUGAUGUUGUUGUUAGUAGUAGCAACGUUAAUUUUAACAACAACAACAACAUUGAACUUCCUCCUUUGCCACCGGAUAUUACUAGCUCCGCGUGUUAUGAUCCGGCGUUCAACGGCGAUGAUAAUGAUCAUGGGUAUUAUUAUUCAUCAUGGGAGCAGAAUGUUGGAGGUGAUUGUUAUAAUAAUCAAAUGCUGGGUACAAAUAUUGGAGGUGCAGAGAGUAAUGUUGUGGCGGGCUCUAUUGAUGGUUUUGAUUUUGGAGGCUCUUCUUUUUUCUUCUGAAUUAUAUAGAUAUUAAUAUAUUAUCAUGUAUCUUUUAUUUCAUGUUUUUGUUUUGUUUUGUGUGAGUGAUGGUUUGUAUUGUUGUUUUCGUUUGUGCAUGUAAUGGAAUGUGUAAAGUUAGUGUUUGUGGACAUGAGAAUGGGAAAUUGUCUUAGGUUAGAGGCAUGAGAAUAUGUUGUUGUUUAAUUUGUGUAAUAGUGUGUGUAAAGUGUUUACAUUUGGGUGAGUUUUGUGUUGCGGCGCUUUUGGAGACAAGUGUAAGGGGUGCGAAUAGCAAUGAAUCAAAUAGUUAAUACAAUGCUGUUGA